AUGCUUGGGCAUCAGUCUACCAACUAUGUGUAUGCAAAUCCUCCCGCAAACGUGCCUCUCGCGCUUCUACCACGCUACAUAUCUUACAUUGAUGAAGCCACCGUCCGUAACCACCUCGCCAUUGCCGUAGUACGUCACAAAGACAUCCACGAUAUGGUGGCUGGAGAGUACGAAAAAAUAGUAAAAGAAACACAAGAUCAGUGGAACGAAGAUGCCAGCGUCUUGUCCUUCGCCAAGGAACACAUAACAGUGCANAAGAUUCUCUGCGAGGAGUACGACGACUUUCCAAACUCCAUGAGACAGCAGAUAGUCCAUCGAGCUGUCAGUACAAUCACUCAAACAAUCAUGGCCAUCCCUCCUCACGUACGACCAGGAAGCCAUUGGAGAACCAAGUUCAAUGCUUUCCUCACCCUCGUCUGGAUAGGCAAAGCGAUAGUACACGGCACAGGACUGCUUCCCAACGCUAUCAGGGCACAGAUGGCCAUUGACUCUCAACUCGUAGGAGCAAUGGAAGUUGUCUAUGCGAAGAUGAGUGAGGCGGAGCUCUUGGGCGAUGGGUCUCGUCUUCACGGAGCUCUGCUAGAACUCAACAAAGAUCGAGAGCACUAUUUCAAGGGUCUCGAAAGGAUCGUAGAGAUGUUUGACAAAGUCAUGCAGCAAGAGAUGACGAUGUAG